CGGAGGUGCCGCCAGGAGAGCGCCGGAAAAUCCCGGCAGGCCCCGCGCUGGCCGCCAUGGCGGCGGAGGUGUUAUUUCAGAACCCAUUUGAUUCAAUAUGGCUUUGAUUAGCCGAAAAAGUUUCCAGUUUUAUUCAUCCAGCACACCAGCAAGCAGGUCUGUUUUGAUGACCCUAAGCAAGAGGCUGAGCUUCCUCAGGGGGCAGCAAAAGCCCCAGUACUGUAGCUCUGUAGCCAUGAGGAUGCUAUAUAUCAAAGAUAAAUCUCAGUAUAUGUUUUGUAGAAAAAACCACGUACAACUGCGGCUGCAGUCACUUUACGAAACUGUGCGUCUUUGUGGAGAAACUGAGAACUGUACUAAGUCUAAUAACGUGUGGAUGGAUGAACAAUUAUUUUUCAAGAAGUUGAACAACCUUUGUACAUCAGAAGAGAUUUUUGACUUUCUUAGCUCUCUAGAAGUCAUGUCUGAUACUAUGGCCUCAGGAGCCCUGCAAAGGAUUUCUGAACUUGAAGUGGAUGACAGUGGUGUGAAAAACCCUGGAGUGUUAGAGAAUGAAGUUUUCAGGGCGUUAUGCUUGCAAUUGGAAUUUGAAUCUUCGAAACUGUCAAGCAGUGGGCUGCUGAACGCAUUGCAGGCUUUGGUAACACUACAAAUAGAUCCGCAGAGCACGCUGAUGGCAAGCUUGCUUUCAGAGAGCGAGGAGAGGCUUGGUAAGGGACAGUUGACUGUUGAAAAUCUGUGUGCUCUUGGAGACAGUUUGCUUGAGUUGGAAAGCCCAAACUGUGCGAUGCUGGAAGAAAUUGUGAACCACAUGCAAGAAAAAGACAUUGAGAAAUGGACUCCAAGGGAAAUAGCGAUGGUUUAUAGAAUACUACAGGUGACUGCCAGGGAAAGGAAGCAAUACCAAAACUUGCUGAACAGACUGAACAGUGUCACUUUACCUGCAGUUUCCCAGCUAAGCCCAAACUUUGCAAGUGUAGUACUGAAUUCACUGGUGGUUCUUUGUCAGACUCAGGCAGUUGCCUUAGUUACUGCACUGUGUAAACAUUCUGCUGAGCAUGUUCCGUAUUUCACGGACUGUGAACUGGUAAACGUCCUGGAUGCCUUCCUAUACUUUGGACAUCGUGAACAAAGUUUUACAGAGGCACUGGAAACGCAUGUCCCUAAAUCCAUCCUUACCAUGCAUCCUCAAACAGUCUGCAAAGUCAUGCAGUAUUGCUGCAAAAAGGUGAUCCUUUCAAAGCCCAUCUUUGAUGCAGUGGCAGAAAGUUUCAUUUCCAAUGCUGACAGACUCACCACCGACCAGAUUGCUGGGUAUAUUAUACCAUUUGGGACUCUUAACUAUCUGCCUCCAAGUGCUUCUUCCUUGUUUAGGAAGCUUGAAACUGUACUGCACACUCGGCUUAGUCACUUUCAGCCUCACACCUUGCUGAACCUACUACACUCAUGUGUCCUUAUUCAACGUUAUCCACUAAAUUUUCUGCCAAAAAUAUUUAGUCCCUAUUUUCUGCAAAAGCUUCAAGCUCAGCCACCUGGUUUGAACAGAGUUGUUACCUCCCAGCUAACCCAGCUUUUUCUGACUGUCACCCUGGAGUGCCCAUUUUAUGAGGGUCCGAAACUCCAUCCAAAGUAUCAAGUAAAGGCCUUUCCCACACCUCACAGUUCUUGUGAUGUUCACCUCCUUAAAAGGGUGAAGACUGGAUUACUUUAUUUACUAAAAAAAAGAAUAUAUUUUGCAUCAGAGGUAUCAACACCAUAUUUCUAUGCAGUUGAUAUCGAAAUUAAAUUAGAUGAGGAAGGUUUUGUAUUGCCUGUAGCCCAAUGUGAAGAGGUACACAAACGAAUUGCCCUCUGUGUUGAUGGUCAAAAUAGAUUUUGUGCUAAUAGCCACAAUCUGUUGGGAGAAGAAGCUAUUAAACAGAGACAUCUUCAGUUACUUGGUUAUGAAGUUGUGCAGAUUCCAUUUUUUGAGAUAGAAAGUCUAGAAAACUGCAGGAAAAUGGCAGAAUAUCUACACAAAAAAAUCUUUCCUCAUACGUACGGACUCAGAAACUGACACUGGAGAAUGCCACUAAAUCAGAAGUUGACCUCCUGUACUACAGAGUGUAAAUACUGUGCUUGGAAGAAAACUGGUGUUUCCUAAAUAACUGCAUCUCAGAUAUUUUCAGCUUCUGGACUUGAAACCUUCCAAUAUUUGGAACAAUUGACAUGUAAAGAGUAAUAAAGAGCAUCAUAUUUUUUUAA